GACAGUCGCUCCCAGUGUGUGUUUGCAGGGAAUGCAGGAGCGGGCUGGUUUACGGCUGUCUGCGCUGGUGGAAAAUGGCGACUCUUUACACAUAUCCCAAUUACUGGAGGUCUUACCCUGCGCUGAUUGCUGCCCAGUACAGUGGGGUACAGAUUAACAUAGUCUCGGAGCCCUUGGAAUCAGAUGCCUUUUUAUCCAGGUUUCCAUUUGGAAAGGUCCCAGUUUUUGAAGGUGAAGAUGGUUUUCAGAUUAAUGAGGGCACUGCUAUUGCUCACUAUGUGUCCCCUGAAAGUUUACGAGGAUCCUGUCUUCAAGAUAGUGCUUUGGUGCAGCAAUGGGUGAACUUUGCCAACAGUGAGAUUGUGCCCUCUGUUGCCACCUGGGUCUACCCAACUCUGGGUGCUGCAGACUACAACAAGCAGGCCACUGAGCGUGCCAGAGAACAUCUCCAGGGAGUGUUGUCAGUGCUGGAAGAGCACCUGAAGACCCACACGUUCCUAGUGGGGGAGAGGGUGACCCUGGCAGACAUCUCUGUUGUGUGUGCCCUGCUUCUUGCCUACACACAGGUAUUGGAUCCGCCUCAGCGGGAAGGCUAUGGCAGUGUGACGCGCUGGUUCUGCACUUGUGUCCAGCAGCCCCAGUUCAGCCAGGUGCUUGGGGAGGUCCAGUUGUGUGAGAAGGCUGCUGAGUGCGUGGGCAAAAAGGUUCCUAAGAAUGACCCUCCCAAGGAGGAGGCAGAGCAGGACGCGCUCGAUCCCACAGAGGAGGCCAUGGCAGCCGAACCCAAGGCCAAAGACCCGUUCGCCAGCCUUCCUAAGAGCACCUUCGCUCUGGAUGAGUUCAAGCGCAAGUACUCCAAUGACGACACCAUGACUGUGGCUCUUCCUUACCUGUGGGAGAACUUUGACCGAGAGGGCUGGUCACUGUGGUACUCGGAGUACAGAUACGCCAGUGAACUGGGCCAGGUCUUCAUGAGCUGUAACCUCAUCACAGGCAUGUUCCAGCGUCUGGACCGGCUGCGGAAAAACGCCUUUGCCAGUGUGGCUCUGUUUGGUGAGGAUGGAGACAGCUCCAUAUCGGGCAUCUGGCUUCUCCGGGGGCAGGAUCUGGCAUUUGAGCUGUGUGACGACUGGAAGGUUGACUAUGAGACGUACACCUGGAGGAAGCUGGAUUCUGACGAUGAGGAAACCAAGAUGCUGGUGAAGGAGUACUUGUGUUGGGAGGGCGAGUUCAAACACGUGGGCAGGUCCUUCAACCAGGGCAAGAUCUUCAAAUGAGAAUUCAGUCAUUCACACCUCUGCCUCUUUGUGUGAACCAAGAAUGCCAAGCAAGCCCUGCUGCUUCUGUGUUCUUGAUACUGGAAAUCUGUUUCCCAAAACCUAAAAGGAACCUGCUGCUAUAGUACCUAUUUUUCAUAGGUCUUUCAGAAUACGUUGGGUGUAUCGAUUCCUUCUCAGUAUCAUUUGCAAUAAAAUUAGAACAUUUCAGAUUAAAAAAAAAAACUAGCAGUUUGGAACAAGUGAGAACCUAAUGUGCUAUUGAUCACUUUCCAUAGUGACUAACCCCCAAAAAGCUGUUUAAAAACUAUGCAAGUUUCAGAAAUAUGCUAUCUUACCAAUGUAAAGACUGUCAAGCAUCAUGCCAUUCUUGCACUUGAAUAAGAACUGAAGCUUGAAGAUUACUUAUGGUCUGAAACUUGGUAACAUUACUGUCCAAAAACCCAUGUUCUGAAUUCUCAUCUUCUAUUUUGGAUGAAAAUUGCUCUGCAAGUUUUGAACGGCCUGUUUUUCAGAGCAUGCUAAGACUGUAUGUUAUGGGGAAAUUUUAUAAAAAUGAAUUUGAAUACACUUCUUGGAGACUGCUUGAAUAAGCUUGUAAUUUAAUUGGUUGCUAAUGUAAAUGUCACUGCAUUAGAAAUAAAAUGGGUCCAUUCAUGUCCUAGUUAAAGAAAAUGCAUAAUUUUAAGGAAGCAAGGCUCUUCAUGAACAAGUUCCAUCCUGCUUUGACCCUUUUUUCCAGUGACAGAGCAUUUGAUAACCUCUGCUUGCAUAAAGUGAAUGGAGUGCUUUGUGGCGCUAUGAUUCACUCUGUAAUGCUGUUUGCUUGCAUUGAUCCAAUGCAGUCAUGCAAGGAGAUCUGUUAAACAUUUGUUCAGAGCACUUAGGAAGGUGAAUUUCUAACUGAUGCAACAAGUUUCAUGCCAAGCUGACUGUCACCUAGGAUAAUGUGACUCCAUGCAGCCUCAAACUGCUGUGGGCAAGCCUAAAUUGAGAGAAUAUUCUUGAUCUUAAAAAACACUCCAGGCCAUAAAACAAACAAUAGACCAUUUUAGAUAUUGGCACUAACAAUCUAGUAGGAGGGUGGAGAACAGUUGCAGUGCAAAUUCUUGGAUUUUUGUUCGCCUACGUGUUCUUUUUGAAUUAUUGUAUUGGGCUUGGUGGAGAUACCAAAGCUGAAAUGAAUUACUCCAGGAAUGUACCUAAUCUUGCUCUGCUGGUAUUGGGGAACAAAAGAGCACAAGCUAUUCAUGGGCAUGCUCCUGGUUUUUAUGUGGAUGUGCAGCCUUCUGUCUGCUUUGUCUUGAUUAAUCUUGAGGGCUGCCUUAAUGCUUAACGUAUUGGAGAUGCUGAAUUCUGCCAUGUUUGAAGAUUUAGAACCCAUCUUUAAAAUGGAAGUUACUCCUUAAAACUAUAUAAAAAAGGUCCUGUUAAUGUGGAUUACGUCGCAAAGCAAUUGCUCCUCUCCCCCAAUGUGAAGAGUAUUGCGUUAGGGAUAUUUAAAAUGUUCCCAUGCUCCUCAUUGAGAAGCAUCAGCUCUGAGAUUAUUGCUGUUCUGUGCCACAGAGCAAAUGUUCUUCUUUUUCAGCUUUGGUCAAAAUGCUUGUCAAGGUGAGUGGGGAUGUGAUAGUUACAGUGUUAGAAUUGCAACAGUCUACCUCAACACUACCAACGAUUGUCCUUUCAAUAAAGAGCAAUUCAAAAGAC